ACGUAAUAUCAUCAUACAUGCAACAUAAGUCCCUUACCUCUUUAUGUAUAAAUAGAGAUGUAACCUCCUGAACCAUGCACAUCACAGCACACUUACUACCUAGCAACUUCCCGUCAACUACUUUCUAAGCUAAGAAAAUGGCUCAAGCAAUCGCCAAGAACCAAAUUGUUGCCAAGUACGGACCUUAUGGUUCACAAUUGCCACAAAACUACUGCAUGGUACUCAAAGAAGGUGAACACAUCAAAGAAGUAAUAAUAAGGCAUGGAUACAUCGUCGACGCCCUCGGGUUCGUGAUAUCUAAGCCAUGUCAGGAUACAUACACCAAGAUGUUUGGUGGCAAUUCUGGAGACGAGUCCAGGAUUGUCCUCAAGUGUGGUGAAUUCAUCACACAAAUUUCUGGGACAUACGGAAACUACAAGUACAAGGAUAAUGAAUGCCUUAUUGGUACACUCAAGAUACACACCAACUUAUGCCCAUCGGGAUAUGGACCAUAUGGAAAAGACUGUGGUGUUGAGAAUGUACAUUGUUUCUCUUCUCCACUCCCAACUAAGGGCCCUAUUGUCGGAUUUUUCGGAAGGCACGACAACUACCUCGAGUCCACUGGAAUCUGCGUCAAAGAGCUGGAUUGCUCAUGCGCUUAAGUAUGCUGUUGAAGUCUCUGGUUAUGUGAGAACUAUGAAUAAAUAAGGUGCUUCAAUGAUGACUACAUCAUCAGUUUCCUUGAAGCCAUUUAACUUAAUGUAUACUACAAGUGACCUCUUUAGUGUGAUUUGUAAUCAGCAACUUGAGAGAGCACUGUAUUGUUGUCUUUGUUUACCAUGUAAUAAACAGAUUUAAGCUCUAUAUUAAAAUAUGUCUUGGCCUUUAAGGCUUUAA